AUGGCACCUCCGAAAGCAAUUCUUCGUCAGGUUGAGAAGCUUUGCUCCAAUUUAUUAUGGGCCAGGGAUGAUUCGAAUUUGAAAAGGGUCUUCCGAGCUUGGGACAGAUUAACAUUUCCGGUUGCUGAAAACGGCCUUGCCUUGCGCAGUUUGGAGGAUGUAUUGCGUGCCUUCUCCUGUAAGAUUUGGUGGAAAUGGUGCACUGGUAAGGGCUUGUGGGCGAGGUAUCUCCAACAAGUUUCUUGGGAGAAUUCCGUUGCUCGACGCCGUCUUAUUGAUGUGGAUUCAUUGAUGCGUUCGAAUACACUAGUUCAGGAUGUUUAUAUUAAUGGAAGGUGGGAUGUCUCGGCAUUGGAGGAGUUGCUUCCUCAAGAUGCUUUGCAAUAUGUGCUGACCUUCCAUUUCGAAUUCCUGCCUAGAUCGGAUGUGAUCAUUUGGAGGCCGAGUCUCAGGGGGAUUUCGCUGUUAAGUCUGUUUACCAGCUG